GAACGUCAUGAAGGCGGAACUAGGACUUCGUUGAUACACGGACGAUCAUCGCCGUAACACCGCCUGUCACAUUUCAAUCGUUGUGUAAACAAAUGAAUCAAUUAAACUAUAUACGAAAAUAGAGUGUGAAAUAGUGCCUUUAUAUUUUACGUUUCCUCUGCGGGAUCAGAGCUGAGAAGAGCCGGGAUCAGAGCUCCCCUCCCAGUGACCCCGGCUGACAGUCGGACAGCAGGGAGCUGAAGCGAUCCCACAGAGAGAGAGAGUGAGGGAGGAGACAACAGCAACGGGAAAAAGUCCAUGCUGUUUCCCUGAAGAAGAUGAGUACCCCUCAGGUCCUGUUGAGCAAGGCAGCAGCUCUGAAUCUACUUUGGACUUCUGGAAGACGGAUCAACCGGUUUAAUGGCCAUGUCAGAGUGAUCACCAGAUCUGCAUCUUCAGCCGCCCACCAGAAGGUUUGUGUUGUUGGAGGUGGUCCUGCAGGCUUUUAUACAGCUCAGCACCUGCUGAAGGCCUGCCAGGAUGUGCAGGUGGACAUUUACGAGCGACUUCCUGUCCCCUUCGGCCUGGUGAGGUUUGGCGUAGCGCCAGACCACCCAGAAGUCAAGAACGUCAUCAGCACGUUCACGCAGACGGCCCAUCAUGCGCGAUGCUGUUACUACGGCAACGUGAACGUGGGGACGGACGUGAGCGUGGAGGAGCUGAGGGAGGCCUACCACGCCGUCGUGCUGAGCUAUGGCGCCGAGGGGAACCGGAGCAUGGGGGUGCCAGGCGAGGACCUGGAGGGCGUCUAUCCUGCCAAGGACUUUGUGGGCUGGUACAACGGGUUGCCUAGCAACAGAGAGUUGAACCCCGGCCUGGACUGUGAGACGGCGGUGAUCCUGGGCCAGGGUAACGUGGCGUUGGACGUGGCCAGAAUACUGCUGUCCCCCAUCGACGAGCUGAAGAAGACGGACAUCACCCAGAGGUCCCUGGACGCCCUGGCCCAGAGCCAGGUCCGCAGGGUGCUAAUUGUGGGCCGGAGGGGACCCCUGCAGAUAGCCGGCACUAUCAAGGAGCUGAGGGAGAUGGUGAACCUGCCAGACACCAAACCUGAGAUGGUCGCCUCAGAGUUUGAGGGCAUGGCCGAGGCUCUUAAAGUGAUCCCGCGGCCGCGGAAGCGUCUGACGGAGCUGAUGCUGAAGACGGCCGUGGACCCCCCAGCGGAGAAGGAGCGACAGAGGCGGCAGGCGGCGUCGCGCUCCUGGGGGCUCCGCUUCCUCCGCAGCCCCCUGGAGGUCCUGGCCGGCCCUGACGGCGCCCGUGUGGCCGGGAUCCGGUUGGCCGUGAACCGCCUGGAGGGUACGGGGGACGGCUCCGUGGCCGUGCCCACGGGCGAGGUGGAGACCAUGGACUGCGGUCUGGUCAUCACCAGCAUCGGCUACAAGAGCCUCCCCAUUGACCCCGCCGUGCCCUUUGACCCCCGCAAGGCCAUCGUCCCAAACAGCCUGGGCCGAGUCCAACAGGCUGCAGGUCUUUAUUGCAGUGGCUGGCUGAAGACUGGCCCCGUCGGGGUCAUCGCCACCACCAUGAACAACAGCUUCGACACAGCACACAGCGUCGUGGAGGACCUCACCUCUGGCUGCCUGGACGCGACCUCUGCCAAGCCUGGAUCCACGGGGAUCGGCCCCCUGCUGGACAAGAGAGGCGUGAAGCCGGUGUCCUUCUCGGACUGGGAGAAGAUCAACCAGGAGGAGAGGAGGAGGGGCGCGGCCCAGGGGAAACCCCGGGAGAAGCUUCUGGACGUAGAGGAGAUGCUGAAGACCGCCCGGACCUAAACCCCAAAGUUACCUUCUAUUUCUGAAGACUCUUUCAAAACAUGAAUAAAGGCUGCUACCUACAUGAAUACAUGUGACUGUGGAGAACCAUCGCAAUGGAGAUUCAACACAGUUUACCACAAGAAUAUGAUGGCAUGAAACCAUGGACUGUGUUGUAAUGCAGACCAAAAUAAGACGG